AAUUUAAAUUUUAUAGACAACUUAACUUUUAAAAAUAUCUAAUGAAUUAUUCAACGCAAUUUCAAAAGGCUUGAAAUUUGGUAAUUUAACCAUUAAUUGAUUUUUUUCAAAGCUAAAAAAAUUCAAUAAAAAUGUGAUUUUUCUUCAAAAUCAAAAUCAUUUCAAUUAUACAAUUAUAAUUCAUUGAAUUCACGUAAAUAUACUCUAAAUUACAAUACCCUUUAAAUUGAAGGGUUAACAUUGUAAAUUUACAUAAGUUUUGAAAUUAGAGAUAAAAAUCAAUAAAAUCCAAUCUUUCACUCGAAUUAAAUAAGAAAAAUAAUAAUAAAUAAUAAUAAUAAUAUUUAGAGAUAAGAAGAGAGGAAAUUUUAAAUUGCGGUACUUCCAAGGUGAAGAGGUUGUUUUCAUGGAGAGGAAAUCUCUCUCUCUCUCUCUCUCUCUCUAAUCUCUCUCUAAAAGGGGUCCUACGAACAAACCUUUUUGUGCUUUUUUUCCCAAUCUAUAAGUAUCCACCUUCAUCCUUUCUCUUCAAUUCUUCAUUUCUUCUUCAAAUUCUCUGUUCCUAACAGUAAUCUCCAACUGUUCCAAUCUCCGAUUUCGCGAUUUCGAUAUCCCUUUCUGAUUCAACUUUUCCUAAUCCAUUUUUCAACUCUCUGUUUUCUUUUUCUUUUUGAAAUUUGUUUCGUCUGAUUAGGUUCAUCAAUUUUUAUGGUGGUGAAAUUGGUCCGGUGGCCGUCAUGGCCGCCGUUCUCGUCGAGAAAAUACGAGGCGAAGAUCAAUCUUCGCCGACUGGAAGGAUUGACGAAUGUAUCAGUGAAGGAAGCGAGUGGUUUAGUGGUGGAAAUCAAGUGGAAAGGGCAGAAGAUUAUGGGAGUGAGUUCUUGGAGACGCUCUGUGAAGAGGAAUUACACAGAGAAAGGCAAUGUCUGUGAAGAAGGAGGCUUAUCAGUGGAUUGGAACGAAGAGUUUAAGAGUUCGUGUUCCUUUUUGGGCUCUAAGGAGGAUCUCAUACCUCCAUGGAAGCUUUCAUUCACAAUCCUUCAAAAAGGAGAAAACCAAGUACUUCGGAAUAGCUAUACUGUUGUAGGAACCGCAUCACUGAACCUAGCAGAGUAUGCUUCCAAAGCUGAUGGAAAGGAGAUUCAAAUAAGCCUUCCUUUGAAGGUUCGUGGCAGCACUCCAGAGUUCAGCCCCUUGCUCCUUUUAUCUCUCAACCUCUUGGAACUGAGAGCUACAAAGCCUUUGAUGAUGGUGCAAAGGUCGAUUAUGCCUGUUACGCUCUCCCCGCCUUCACCGUUGGCUUUGUCUGCAGAGAAAGAUGGGUUAGCUGCAAUAAGAGCAGGUCUAGAUAAAGUGAAAAUAUUUGGACACUGUGUAUCAGCUGGAAGAGCUAAAGUACUCCGUGAAGAAGCUAUUGCCACUGUCGAUAGGUUUUAUAUUGAAGAUAAGGAUUGGACUCACAGUUCCUCACUUGAUUCGGAUUCGCUGGAUGGUGGGAAUGAGGAUUCAUGUGUUAGGCAGCCAUUAGGUUAUGAAAAACUCGCCCAUGCUAACCGCGUGGCAGAAUUGCUUCUCCCUGGAACAAAGACCAACAAUGGAGAUGAUGAAUGUUGGAUAUAUUGUGGCAAUGGUGCAGGAUGCUUAGAAAAGGAUGAUAUUGAUAAUUCACAAACAAGGCAGAACUCAAUGAGCAAAAUCUUGUCAUGGAGGAAGAGGAAGUUGAGCUUCAAAUCUCCUAAAUUUAAAGGAGAGCCUCUUCUGAAGAAACAUUAUGGUGAAGACGGUGGAGAUGACAUCGACUUUUACCGUAGGCAGCUCAGCACAAAUGAGCUUUUCUCUUGGUGGUAUAGUUUGGAGUUAUCAGCAGCUGCAUUUGGGGACGAUAACUUCGCUGUAGGUACUUGGGAGCAGAAGGAGAUAACUAGCCGUGACGGAGGCUUGAAGAUCGAAACUGAAGUCUUCUUUGCCUCUAUUGAUCAAAGGAGCGAACGUGCUUCUGGGGAAAGCGCCUGCACGGCUCUAGUUGCUGUUAUUGCUGAUUGGUUGCUAUCCAACCAAGAAGAAAUGCCUGUCAAGUCUGAACUGGACAAUUUGAUCAGAGAAGGAUCAGCAGAAUGGAGGAACCUUUGUGAGAAUAAAGACUACAUGGAACAGUUCUCUGAUAAACACUUCGAUCUUGACACGGUAAUUGAUGCAAAAAUCCGACCUCUAUCUGUUGUUGCAGAGAAGUCAUAUGUUGGAUUCUUCCACCCAGAAGGGCUGGAGGAAGAGGGUGUUUUCGAGUUCCUCAAAGGCGCCAUGUCUUUUGACACCAUAUGGGAUGAAAUCAGCCUACUAGCAGCAGACCAUCAAACAAGUGUAGGCGAAUCGAUAGUAUACAUUGUGAGUUGGAAUGACCACUUCUUCAUCCUGAAGGUUGACAAGGAUGCUUACUACAUCAUAGAUACCUUGGGCGAGCGGCUGUACGAAGGGUGCAAUCAGGCGUACAUUCUGAAAUUCGACAAGGAGACAGUAAUUCAUAGAUUACCAAACAACACAAAGGCAUCAGAGGAGCAAACCUCCAAUAACACAAACGAGUCAAAGAGCACGGCGCCAUCAGAUGAGGAAACAUCCAUUGACACAACACAAUCAAAGAGCUCUGAGCCAGCAAAGGAGAAAAGCACCAUUAACACAAAUCAAUCAAAGAUCUCAGAGAUAUCACAGGUGGAACCAUCUACCGAGGUGCCACAACUAAAGAACACAGAGAUUAUGGAGGAAACUCCCUCCAUUGAUGUCAUGCAACCAAGCGACCCUGAAGAAGCAUCAACACCAGAACCACCGAGUAGCCUGAAAGAAGCAUCAACUGAGAAGAAAGAUGAGUCAACAAAUAGUGAUAUAAAGCAAGAGGUUGUGUGCACAGGGAAGGAGUGCUGCCAGGAGUACAUCAAGAGCUUUCUUGCUGCACUUCCGAUCAGGGAAUUGCUGGAAGAUGUGAAGAAGAACGGUUUGAGUUCAUCAACACCUCUUCAUCAACGGCUGCAAAUAGAAUUCCACCGUGCCAAAGUGAUUCUAGAGGCAUCGGAUCAAAUUUUGGCAAGCAACGCUUGAGGUUAAUUACAUAAGCUGACUCAAAAGCUCUGUUUCAGUUCUUAUUAACUUUUGAAGAAUCUUGUUUUAGACUACAGUAGUAAGGAAUAAAGUAAAUAAUGAAGAGGCAUAAAUUAAAUGUUUAUAAUGCCCAUUUAUUCCUUGCUCAAUUAUUGCUUCACAGAACUUAUGAUAUAAUUUUCUUAUAAAAUAAUGUGCAUGUAGCUC